CUGAUGACUUGGCCCCAGCCAUGUCUUUGUCCUCGUUGACUUCGUGCUUCAAAGCCGUAUCCUCUCCGUUCUCAUCAUUUGGCCUUGGUGCCGUUCGUACUGCCACAAAACGAGCUGGCGGUACCAUCUCUAACUUUGGUGGUUCACCAGGAAAGCGCUUAGGAGUGAAAAGGUUCUCUGACCAAUAUGUGAUACCUGGAAACAUCAUUGUUCGUCAACGCGGGACCAAAUUCCAUCCAGGCCAACAUGUCAAAAUGGGACGAGAUCAUACUUUGUAUGCGAUGGUGCCCGGCUUUGUGCGUUUCUACAAGGUUCCAGGAGCUCGCAAAGACCGCAAAUAUGUUGGCAUUGUCUUGAACCGCGGCGAAAAACUUCCCAGAGAUGAAACAAAUCUCGGCCGUAGCAGAUUUUUUGGCUUCUCAGACCUCGCGGCCUGGAGAAAGGAAGAAACACAGCUUGUCCACGCAUGAGUGCCACCAGAAGCCCCUUCGACAUCGGACUAAUACCAAUCACACGGUCUGAACUGCUAUGGCAGACACUUCUCGUGCUGUGACCGGGACGUCCAGCGUAUCGCGUACUGGCUAUCGUGCACGUUUACCUCUGCUAGGGAAAGUGCUGACCGUGCUUUGAGUCAAAAAUAUAUAGAGGUAGAUUGUUUUACACUACUGAUACAUCGGUAUUCCGUUGUUUAGCAUACAGGAUAUAUGGAGCCGGUCAGAUAUAACUAACGGUACAUGAGCAGGGAUAUAUUUUAUCGUGGCUGAGUCGUGAGGUGUUCGUGCUACAAGGAUUUUUCACGGU